GAGGCGGAGCGGGCGGCUCAUGGCGGCGGGGGGCAGCGGGGCCGGGCUGCUCGCCUUCCUGCGGCUGCUGGGGCAGCUCAAGAGGGUGCCGCGGACGGGAUGGGUGUACAGGAACGUGGCAAAGCCAGAGAGCGUGUCGGAUCACAUGUACAGGAUGGCGAUGAUGGCCUUGGUCACCGAGGACAAAAACCUUAACAAGGACAGAUGCAUACGAUUAGCGUUGGUUCAUGAUAUGGCUGAAUGCAUUGUUGGAGAUAUUGCUCCUGCAGACAACAUCUCAAAAGAGGAGAAACACAGGAGAGAAGAGGCAGCUAUGCAACAGCUGACCCAGCUUCUAUCAGAGGACCUCAAAAAAGAAAUCUAUGAACUCUGGGAAGAAUACGAAAACCAGUGUACUGCAGAAGCCAAGUUUGUAAAGCAGUUGGAUCAGUGUGAAAUGAUACUGCAAGCAUUUGAGUACGAAGAGUUGGAAAACACACCUGGCAGACUGCAGGAUUUUUACGAUUCAACUGCUGGAAAGUUUGUUCACCCAGAAAUACUCCAGCUGGUAUCUCUGAUCAACACAGAAAGGAAUAAAAAAACAGGUGCUACAUGUCAUCCACAUUCCUGAGGUGUUCCUAAAUACUGUAGCUAUAUUAAAAUGCUUUUCCUUUUA